GACAGAGAGAGAGAGAGAGACUCUUCAGGAGCUGUAGCCUACUUAACAAAAAGACACUGAAACGAAUUCAGCCUUUUGCUUUGAGUGUUAAAGACAGAAAGAAAACAGCUCACCGAGGGCAGAGAAAGAAAAGCAUACAAGGAGACUUGGCCGAUGCAUGUCUGCGCGAGCAUCCAUUUCACGGCGAUCACAGUUUGAAGCCAGGGAGACUGUGCGCAUAUCUGUGAGAAACACGGUGCUUCUCUCUCCUCCGAAGUCAGUUUCCUGGAGCGGCUGGCGGGCGGAAGACACUUUUUUUCUGCGUUGAUGGACACUGACAGUAUUUCAUAACAAGCCCAUUUACAGGUCGAUCGCAGUUCCAGCAGGCUACACUGCAUCUUGUUUGCGGAGUGGAAUUUGCGGUCCGUAGCUCAAGACGCAAAAGGAAUAUCCGACGGUUCAAGUUUUUCUGGAAGUUGCGCAGCGACAGAAAGCAAACAUGGGAAUUUGUGGCUAUUUAGGAGUACCUGGGAAAUGCUUUGUCGUCCUCGGACUUAAAUUGUUAUUCCUUGUACCUGCAGGAGUUCCAGCCAGAAGCGGGGAUUCAGUAUUAAAGGACAACAUCACCGUCAGGCAGGGGGAGAGCGCCGUUUUAAAAUGCAACGUGGACAGCAAAGUAUCACGAGUGGCUUGGCUGAAUCGCACCACCAUUUUAUUUGCAGGAAAUGAGAAGUGGUCUCUGGAUCCUCGCGUCAUCCUGAUGGAAAACACGGCAGCCACAGAGUACAGCAUCAAGAUCCAGAAUGUCGAUGUCCAUGAUGAGGGGCCCUAUGUCUGCUCCAUCCUCACAAACAAGAAACCAAAAUCUACAAAAGUGCAUCUCAUUGUUCAAGUACCCGCCAGGAUCACUAAUAUAUCGAAGGACAUCACAGUGAAUGAGGGCAGCAACGUCAAUCUUAUGUGCCUGGCAUUUGGUCGACCUGAGGCCAACAUCAUAUGGAAGCAUCAUUCACCAAGAGGCACCCAUAAAUUUAUGUCUCAGGGGGAACACCUGGAGCUGACGGCCAUUACCAAAGAGCAGUCAGGAUCAUAUGACUGCAUAGCUUCAAAUGAGAUCUCAAGCCCUGAUGUCAGGACAGUGCAAGUGACAGUGAAUUAUCCUCCCUUCAUUUCCAAGCCGAGGGAUACAGGAACUCAAGUUGGACAAAAAGGAGUCCUGCAAUGUGAAGCCUCUGCUGUCCCGAGGGCAAAUUUUGAGUGGUACAAAGAAGACCGCAGGCUCUUCAAUGGACUAAAUAGGGUUAAGAUAGAGAAUCAAGAUAAACAAUCGAAGCUCACCUUUUUCAAUGUUUCUGAAGAAGACUAUGGAAACUACACAUGUGUUGCCAUGAACACCAUGGGAAUCACUAAUGCCAGCAUCUUACUUUAUGGUCCUGGUGCGAUGCACGAUGUGAAUGGGGCUGCCGUGUUGCCUCGCUACUCUGUAUGUCUCCUGCUGACUGUAACCUCAUUCCACCUGCUGAAGUUCUGAUGUGAAAAAGUGACAACGUUGACAAGUUUCUCUCAGCAUUGAGCAGCAAGAACUAUUAGUCCUAUCAGAAGAACGGAAAUCCAAGAGUGCCAGUGGUUCACCCUUAGUCUUUUUUUCUUCCUUUCUUUCUGGUUUUGCUUCGGAGUCUGUUCUCUAUUGGCUUUCCAGGAGUGAGGCAUCGAUCCCAGGGAGGGAAAAAUUUGAAUGAUGCACUAAUUUGAUGAUGUAGAUGACUACUGAGUUUAUGUCUCCCCAAACCUUUUUGUAUGUGAAAAGGAGAAAAGGAAAAAAAAAAUACAUGUAACUGUUGAUAGCUUGAUUGUUUAUUGCCCAAUACUGAAGUGUACAUUCAUAUUAUAAUUAUUGUGUCACGUCCUGUUCAAUAUCUGUACAAUAACAUGAAGCUUUUUUAAGUAAAUGACAAAAAGGGGGAAAAUGCAAUGUAAUUGUUGAAUUUCACUGUAUUUUUACAGUUGUAUGCAAAACAGAAAAACUGAUCAUUCAUUAGAAACAGUUCAGAAUAAUAUAUAGUGCAUCAUGAUUUCUCAGGCAAAGUCCUACAGCAUAGUGCAUCCAAAUUUUUAUUUUCAUUGUAUUGUGUGUAGAAAAUGUACAAAUGUAUACAGACAAUUCCUGCACUGUUUCUCAAAAUCCAUGCACUUAUUUCUGAAACACCUAAUCACAGUGUCAUAGCAGCUUCAUGGCAUAUUCAUACUUAGUGCAGACUUUCAGACUAUAAACAUUCAUGCUAAGUAUCGUUUAAGACAGAAGGGUCGUUCAGUGGGCUGUGUCAUUUUCUUGAAUUGAAAUUGGAUUAAAUGCUUAGCGCUGAACCUUAUUUGACACAACUUUUAACCUAUCAGUAGUGCUGAUGGCAUCAUCCAAGCGUCAGGCUGCUGGGUCUAAUAACCACCUUGCCACUGAACUGACUUCUAACUAAGUGGUGCUGUUAAAUUAUUGUUUUAAAGGUACAACUUGUUUAAUGCACUCUGAUGUUAAGUUACCAAGUCAUCUCAAGUACGUGUAACAGUGUAUUCAUAUUGAUACCGAGCCUUUACACUAAGUUUCUCAGGCAGCCACAGUAGUCCUUGAGUUUUCUUGGUUGUACAGUGCACUUUUAUGCAAUUGAGGCUUUUUGUUUGGACUUGCAGAGCCAAACAGGUGACAACGUAUCAUAAAUCAGGUUGGUGUUCAUUUUGUUUGAUUUUUCUUUAUCUGUUUGUUUUGGUUGAUUGCCAGCUAGGAGACAGAUGGUCCAGUGCUUAACAAUAAAUAGGUACCUUUUGAAACUAUAUCUUAAAAUCCUAAAUACAGUCAGUAGGAAAAAAUAUUCAAACCCUAUUCAGUUUCCCACAUUUUGUUAUGUUUCAAACGCAUCUUAAAAUGGAUUU